GCUUGAGUAGGAAAGAGGUUAGAUAGUAUGUGUCGGUCUGGUCAUUUCUGCGCGGCCAGGCCACAGGUCCAGAUGAGCUGGAACAAAACAGAUUGAUUAUAUUAGCCGCCAUCAUAUGUUUGCUUAUAGCUGUAGCGACCACGCAGACCCACGCGUAGUACUCUACAGGAAAGAAUCUCAUAUUAAACCUCUCAUGGUGAUAUUCAGAGGAUCACUGUGUCUCCUGUCUUCAAGAAAAUCUUUCCGGAUUCACAAGUAGUGUUCCAGUCAAAUACUUCAUGUCUUUGAGCACUAUAGUAGCAAACUCAACGAAAUUGAACUUCCUUAAACUGAGCGCGGGUUUGAAAGCAACUGGAUAUCCAAGUUUUGCUAUCAGUAUGGUUAGUAACUUAUUGACUUGUAAGUCACAUUACUGCUUUAUUUUUGUUGUAUUAUUAGUAUCCUUUAUGAAGUCGGAGUUGUUACUAUAUAGGAGUUCAGUAGUCAUCCUUAACAUUGAUAGUAUCGGGUGGAGUGGGAGGAGUGCUAUAUUUUCUCAUGUACUCAUGACCACUACGAGUAGCAGCGGCACCCCGUAUCGAGCGCCGUAGCGGGCAAGGCACCAAAACCAAUCAUGCUAGGGAUCAUCAUGAUCAGCUCUGCACCCUUGAUCGCACCCUUGAUUGCACCUUUCGACACACUCUACAAAGGAGAUAGUCUUGACAAAUUUAACACCCAACUAACUAGUAGUACGCCCCGCCACAAUCUCAAAAAUGAGAAGCAGCCCCCUUGCCUAGAUAGGCAGAUUCAAAACACGCGAACUCAAGGCGUAUCGGAUC